GCAAAAUUGUCUAGAACAUCACUCUCUAUACACAGGCGUUGUUGUGUGGAUGUAAGCCGUUUCCUUACAGACUUUUGAGUACACCGUCGUGGAAUAUCAACUCAGGUUGUCUUGUUUUUGGAAAAGUUGUCGAGGUGGCCUUUAGCACCUAGAGCAACACAUCUCUGAGGAGGCGAGAAGACCAGAUACGGAGCGAAGUGAAUGUUUUUUUGCUCUCACCAAGAGCUGUUUUUCUCACUCUCCCUUUCAAUCUCUCUUGCCAUCUGUCGGAGCCCUCACGCCAAGGCUGUUUCAUAACCACAAACUCGUGCGUUGUCUGCAGUACUUUGAGUGACACUUAUCGUUAAUUGUAAAAGAUGCUAGUUGAGUGAACUUUUUGAAAUAUCUCAGGGGUUUACGUCCCCAAACUCGAUCAGUAUUUUUUUCGCAGAAGAAGCAAUGAAUUUCUCAUCUUAAAUUCUAACCAACAAACAGCAAACAUGAUUCACAUGUGGUUACGCAGUAGUCCCACUUAAUCUAUAGUUGCUCGUUCUAUUUCACCUUGGCUGACGAAUCAAGCUGUACCAGCCUCAUCCUAAACUAGUAUGAGUUAUGACAGCUCUAAAUCAACGCCCAGCAGCAGCACUCGGGGGCGAGUGACCGGGGCCGAGGAGACGGACCCGGACGUGCAGUCGCAGGGGUUAAACGUGCAGAAAGGCAGCAGCGUUCAGCCCAAUGACGCCGCUCAGGAGGAGGGGAGCGGAGGAGGAGGAGGGGGCUCAUCCCCCAGCGAGGGGUCUGGAUCCGGAGACCCGAGGGGGCCUACUUCAGACGACAUGGACGGGCUCUCCAGCGGGAACGACUCUGGGGAAAGGGAAAGCGAGGGGGGCAUGGAGAGGGAGAACCGGUCUCGUGGGCACCAGUCCGCACGAAGCUCCCACAGCCACAGCUCAUCCAACGGCAAGGACUCUGGCAUGAUGCUGGAGAGCACGGAGAGCCACAAGAGCUCCAACUCUCAGAGCCUCUCGCCUCCCAGCGGCUCCCUGGCCUACAGCCUUCUGUCGACCAGCUCGGAGCACGACCCCCCCUCCACCUCCGGGUGCAGCAGCAACCAGUCGGCGAGGGUCCAGACGCAGAAGGAGCUAAUGAAGGCCAUCAAGGAGCUGAAGCUCCGUCUACCAGCUGAGCGCAAGACCAAGGGCCACACCAGCACUCUAAACGCACUCAAAUAUGCACUUCAGUGCGUCAGACAAGUCAAAGCUAACAAGGAGUACUACCACCAGUGGAGCGUGGAGGAAUGUCAUGACUGCAGUCUGGACUUGUCCACCUUCACGAUCGAGGAGUUGGACAACAUCACAUCAGAAUACACCAUCAAAAACACUGACACGUUCUCCAUGGCCGUGUCCUUCUUGUCAGGGAAGGUGGUGUACGUGUCGUCCCAGGGCUCGUCCCUGCUGCGCUGCAAGCCCGAGUGUCUCCAGGGGACAGUGUUCUCCGAGCUUCUGGCCCCGCAGGACGUCAGCACCUUCUACAGCGGCACCGCACCCUGCCGCCUGCCGACCUGGGCGUCCUGCAUCGGAUCCGCCUCUCCUCCGGUGGACUGCACUCAGGAGAAGUCCAUGUUCUGUCGGAUCAGCGCCGACCGGACGCAGGGCGGCGAGAUGCGCUAUUACCCCUUCCGCCUCACGCCGUACCAGCUCACCAUCAGGGACUCGGACGCUGCCGAGCCUCAGCCGUGCUGCCUGCUCAUCGCAGAGAGGGUCCACUCUGGAUACGAGGCUCCUCGUAUCCCUCCAGACAAGAGGAUCUUCACCACCAGCCACAGUCCCAGCUGCCUCUUCCAGGAGGUGGACGAGAGGGCAGUGCCACUGUUGGGCUACCUGCCCCAGGACUUGGUGGGAACACCCAUCUUACUCUACAUCCACCCUGAGGACAGGCCCGUGAUGGUGGCUAUACACGAGAAGAUCUUUCAGUUUGCAGGGCAACCGUUUGACUACUCGCCCCUGAGGAUGUGCGCCCGCAGCGGAGAAUAUCUGACCAUCGAUACCAGCUGGUCCUCCUUCGUCAACCCCUGGAGCAGAAAGGUGGCGUUUGUCGUUGGCCGCCACAAAGUCAGAACGAGCCCGCUGAACGAGGACGUGUUCACCAUGCCGCAGGGCUACGAGAGUCGUGUCACCACGCCCGACAUCGUGCAGCUGAGCGAGAAGAUCCACCGUCUCCUGGUGCAGCCGGUGCACAGCGGAGGCUCCCAGGGCUACAGCUCGCUGGGGUCCAGCGGCUCCCGGGGCUCCCGCCGCUCCCACCAGCAGCACCUCAGCGCCUCGGCCACCUCGUCCUGCGACAGCAACGGCCCCGCCAUGGAGGAGGCAGCCGCCGCGGUCGCUUUGAACAAACCCAUGACGUUCCAGCAGAUCUGCAAAGACGUCCACAUGGUCAAGACUAACGGGCAGCAGGUUUUCAUCGAGUCGCGCAACCGUCCACCGCCAAGAAAAAACCCCAACGCAGGCACUACAGGCAUCAGAGCGAUCAACAGCGACCCAAUCAGAGGCCUGAUCGCAGACAUGACAAAACCACCCAGAGCUGUGGUCCCAGCGCCGCUCGCACCCAAGGACCCUCCCGCUGGCUACUCUUACCAGCAGAUCAACUGUCUGGACAGCAUCAUUAGGUACUUGGAGAGCUGUAACAUUCCUAACACUGUUAAAAGGAAGUGCGGCUCCUCCUCAUGCACUGCCUCCUCGACGUCUGACGACGACAAACAGCAGGAAGCAAGCAACGGCAACAAAGGUGGUUCAGUUAACCUUGUAGGUGAACCACCUCCUCUGCCUCCUCUGACCAUGGCCACAAAGGCAGAGAGUGUAGCCUCAGUAACGUCUCAGUGUAGCUUCAGCAGCACCAUCGUCCAUGUAGGAGACAAGAAACCUCCGGAGUCAGACAUUGUCAUGGAGGAGGCUCCCAUCACUCCCACACUGGCUCCUCCUUACAUGACGCCGACUCCUCCCGCCACCGCCCCGACACCUCCCUGGAGCAGCUCGGCGCCGUCCGCUAGCGCCGCCAUCGCUCCCCCGCCUCCUCCUCCGCCUCCGCCGCCUCCCGUGACGGCCAGUCAGCCGGAGAGGGACAGUCGGAGAAGCGGAAGCGUCGGAGGAGGCGCGGGAGGAGGAGGGGGCGGCGGCCGUCUGGGCCUCACCAAAGAGGUGCUGUCCGCCCACACCCAGCAGGAGGAGCAGGCGUUCCUCGACCGCUUCAAGGACCUCAGCAAGCUGCGCGUUUUCGAUCAGACGACGUCUUCGAACGUGCGCUGCCACACUCCAGCUGCCAACCCUCUGUCACGAGGAGUUCGUUGUUCUCGAGAUUACCCCGCGGCCGGCAGCAGCAGCCACAGGCGCGGCCGAGGGGGCAAGAGGCUCAGGCACCAGGAGUCGUCCGACCAACACAGCUCCAUGGGUCUGAGCGGGAGCCGCCGCGGCCCCAGGACCAACGCAGCCCCCAUGCCCCUCAACAUGCCCCUCAACAUGCCCCUGGGACCUCCCACCAACUCCUCCUCCUGGCCGUCCGUAGGCUCCCAGGCCAGCAUUCCCUCCGCCCCCUUCGCCCCCGGCAUGCUUCCGAUCUACCCCAUCUACCCGCCUCUGGGGCAGAACCUGCAAGUCCACGAUCCGUCGCGUUUCCCCCCCACGCAGAUGGUGCCUCCCAUGAUGGCGCUCGUCCUGCCCAACUACAUGUUCCCCCAGAUGGGAGCGCCCAUGUCCCAGCCGGCCGCCGCCCCCGGACACUUCUACAAUCCCAACUUCAGUUACCCCAUGGCCCCCGCCGCUGUCCCCGCCGCGGUGCCCAACCCCAUGCCCACCCCCGCCGCCGCCUGCGAGCCGUCCCGCUGCAGCACCCCGCAGUCCUACGGCCACAUGCCGGCCGACCGCGAAGGUGCGGAGUCGCCCCUCUUCCAGUCCCGAUGCUCCUCCCCCCUCAACCUGCUGCAGCUGGAGGAGUCGCCGAGCAACCGGUUAGAAGUCGCCACGGCGCUGGCGGCGUCGCAGCAGGCCGCGCCGUCCGUGCAGGGGGUCGCGGCCGGAGGACAGAGCUCAGCCAACGAGAGGAGCUCUGACGAUGCCUCCAAGGAGAACGAGAAUGGCGAAGCCAAUGAGUCCAACAACGACGCCAUGUCCACCUCCAGCGAUCUGCUGGACAUGCUGCUGCAGGAAGACUCCCGCUCAGGCACCGGCUCAGCCGCCUCCGGUUCUGGGUCCUCUGGCACGAGGUCCUCGGGUUCAGGGUCCGGCUCCAACGGGUGCAGCUCCUCCGGCACCAGCGGCAUGAGCAGCAGCCAGGGCAGCCACACCAGCAAGUACUUCGGUAGCAUCGACUCCUCGGAGAACGACCACUCCCGCAAGCAGCCAGCAGGGGGCAGCAGCAGCACUGGAGGCGAGGAGCAGUUCAUCAAGUGUGUCCUGCAGGACCCCAUCUGGCUGCUGAUGGCCAACACAGACGAUAAGGUCAUGAUGACCUAUCAGCUGCCUAUCAGGGACAUGGAGACGGUGUUACGCGAGGACCGUGAAGCCUUGAGGACCAUGCAGAAGCACCAGCCACGCUUCACAGAGGAGCAGAAGGGGGAACUGAGUCAAGUUCAUCCCUGGAUCCGCACAGGACGCCUGCCGCGAGCCAUCAACAUCUCUGGCUGCACAGGCUGCAAGUCUCCCUUCUCUGCGCCGGCCGCUACUCCAUUUGACGUGGAGAUACACGAAAUGGAGCUGUGCAGCAUGCUGAAGCCUCAGGAGGAGAACGCCACCGUGACCAAGGAAGCUCUCACAGAGACGGCCAUGGACGAGACUCAGCCGGGAGACGAAGACGAGGAGGAAGAGGAGAAAGGAACCAAAACACAAGAGAACAACCAGGACAUGGCAGCGGAGGAUCCGAGGGCGGCACCCGAAGCCAUGCAAGAAAAAGCUCAGACUUAAGAGGCGGUCAGAGAAGCUGAUAUUCUGAAGAUAUGCACCUUCCAGGAGUUUCUGUUCUCAUUAUUGCACAGGGUGUAAGAAAAAUGAGCUCCGCUGGGACAUUAAGGUGCAGACACUUGUGGUUCGACAGGUCACACGGGACUCUCGGCCACAUUCUCCUCCACCUCUGGUGACGGCGCACCGGGCACGGACACACUCAGUUUUAGAGAGUGGAUAAGAGUUUACCUCCGCUGCUCUUGUAGUCCAUGACAUAUUUAUUUAAAGCUGUAAGAGAGGACUAAGGUGAAUGUGUUACAGAAAAAUAAAAAAUAACAUUAGAUGGCGCCUUUACAUACAGAUGGAUGUGCUUCACCACAGUGUCCUCCUCGACAUUUCCUCCCUCCCGUCGGGAGGUUCAGCUCACGGGGAAAGAAAGGAGUCGAUCUACCUGUGACUUUUCCCCUCACUGAAUGUUUUCUGGGAUCCUGGUCCCACCUCCUUCCUCAAACACUGAUGUUUGUGUUUACGUUGUGUUUUUUUUUUUUUAAAAAAAAUCCUGCCACAAAAAUGAAGAGAGAAAAAAAAAUACCCAGUAGAUAAAAUGUACAGUGAGAAACGGGUUAUUUUGUAAACAUUGUGUAUAUUUUUAUACUUUCAGCCACUGCGAAAAAAAAAAAAAAAAAGUAGAAACACCCAAAUGAGUAUUUAAAUGUUAAAUCUUGUUAUGAAUUUGUGGGACAACAGUUUGUGAAACCACAGCUGCUUUUACUUUAUGUACAGAGACGAGCCGUGUCUCGUCGGGGUUUUAUCUUUGACCUGACAUUAGUUUGUCGUGUUCCAGACACAGCGUCGUUCUGGGAAACAAUUCUCCAUUAAAUAUCGCAAGACACUACUUCCCGAAUUGUCGUCAGGUCGACGGAGAGAGCUUUAGUGUUGCUAGUGCUUGCUCAUGUGGUGGAAUCGUCAAAGAGGUGGGCACGACUCUUUAAAUAGUCCAGAGGGAGAGUGUUCAGCACCUUCUCCUUCCCUCUCUGUCCCUUUCUCUUCCUCUCUGUGGCACAGUUGUGGUCAUGUGAUAUCCUGUGCUUUAUGGCGUCAGUGAGGUCUGCGACCGUUUCUUAAUAUUUUUUGUGAAAAAUUCUUUGUACAAAAAAAGACAAAUAAAAUGACUUGGAAAAGCCGUUGAACAUAAA